AUGUCUAUCGGCACAUACUCCCUAGCCAGUGGUCGGGACCCAGAAUCAUCCUAUGCCAAUUCCUCUACAUAUGAGAUUAAUGAUCGCUCAACUCCAAGCCCAGGUCUCCAAGAAAGUAGCCACGACGAAUAUACCCCCACUCGUGUGUCUACCCGGGAAUCCGCGUCUAUCAUCUUCACCACCCCUACGCAUCGCUCAGCUUCUGCAGGCCUCUCUUCAAAAACUCGUAAGGCACUCCAGAAGUUAUAUGACCACAACUAUGGCGCCCGUCACUGUCUCGUAACGUCGUCAGCGGCCUACCUGGUGACUGUAGCCCAUGCCGUUCAACGUGCGAGCAAGUCUGAUCUUUUGACACUCUAUGAAUAUUGUCUUGGCUUAGAUUUGAGAUCAUUCCAUGUUGACAGCAGACGAAAUAUGUUCUAUCUGUCACCCCACUUGCAUAGUAUAUUUGAUGCUGGUCACUGGUUUCUCCUGCCGGAUACAGGCACACUAAGGAAAGUCCAUGACUACGUGAAAGACGCUGUUGCAUUAAGGGCAAACUCCCAGUCUAGUAAAGGCACGAAACAUUUCUGGUUAGAGUGGAAUCUCAACAAUAAAACACCGUACACGUUCAUACUAUUGCCUGGCACAGGAUGCCCACGCAUCUCAUGCGAAAUUGGUGGUGGAGUUUGGGAAGAUCACUCUUAUCCUUACCAAGGCCUCCCAUUGCUUGAGUGUCAUAUUGCACCUCCCUUUGCCAUCAUAAACGCAGGCCCCAAGUGCACAAGGGAUCACAUCAAUCAGAUCGUCCGCGAGUAUUGUUCGCAACAGACGAGUGAGUUUCGGAAGGAACUUGAAGAACGACUUACACUUUUGUGUAAUACAUGGGCCCUUUUCGAGGAUGCGAAGAAAGAUGCGAAGGUCUGGGAGGUAGAAACGAGGGGUAAGAGGAAGAGGGACCGCGAUGACGAGGACAUAGAGAAUCUUUCUCGAGGGAGCAAACGUACCACACGGUCGCAAGCACGCUCUGCGCACGAUGGUAUGCCGAAGUCUGAUCUACCCAGUAAUCAAGCAGGAGAUAAGCCUCCACCACCGGGCGCUCGCAAACGCAAAUUGUCUUCCAGUUUACGCGGAGCUGCUCUUACCGAUGACGCAGUCUUUCACCUCGAAAAACGACAGAAGAGGGUCGACUUGCGCACACGAGUCCGGUGCUGGGUCACGGAGUCAACCCGAGCCUCAUCACUAGACCCAGAGCCUCAUACCUGA